CAGAUGGGAACGGCAGCAGGGAUCGGUUAGACGUCCUGGUCUCGCCCGCGUGGUUUUCCACCUCUAUCCACGUUCAGUAAAAACAUGGCUCUGGAUUCCUUUGUAGAUUUUUCUUCCCCAAGAUACGAUGUCUGGGGUUUCGUUCCUUUAAACCUUUCUCGUUCUCUGUUUUGGCGAUACUGCGGUGCCGUUCGUUUCAUUCCCCGUCAGGUAUCUCUUGCAUAUUACGUUGGCGAUUAGUCAAGAUGCGGUUCCUUUCGUUGUUGUCGCUGCUAUGCCUGGGUGCAUUGCAGCCAGCGCUGGCCGCUCUCAACCUCACUGGAGUUCCCGCUUGUGGUUUAAAAUGUCUCGCGACUGAGGUCGCCAGUUCGGACUGCACGCUCACGAAUACGACAUGUAUCUGCACAAAUUCAGUGCUUCUAGCCGAUAUUACCGAGUGCGUCACAGCGAGCUGCUCGAUUCGCGACCAAUUAGCGACGAAGAAAUUCCAGGCCGAAACUUGCGGUAUUCCAGGCGAGGACAGGACUGCUCUUGUCAAAAUCAUUGCGAUUGUAUUUGGCGCACUUGGCCUGCUGGCUUUCGUUUUACGAUGCAUGGCAAGGCUCAUUGGGCCGCAUGAUUGGGGUCAUGACGAUUCGGUGAUGUGUUUGGUUAUGGUCCUCGAAAUCGCUUUCGCGUGUCUAUCAGUACCUAUUUCCAAUGCCGGACUUGGAUUGGACAUGUGGUUUGUCCCACAUGAUUCCAUCACCGAGGUCCUUAAACUGUAUUUCUUCGAUGAGUUAUUGUACAUUACGGCACUGGCUCUGACCAAGAUUUCUAUUCUCUUCUUUUACCUCAAGGUGUUUCCGAAGCGCUCGUUCCGCAUUUGCGCUUGGGCCCUCAUAUGCUUAAACCUCGUAUGGGCGCUCACUUACGACCUUCUUCUCAUCUUCCAAUGCAAUCCGAUAUCCGGCGCAUGGACAUUCUGGGAUGGUGAAACUGAGUCGAAGUGUAUCAGCAUCAAUAUAUUAGGUUGGUCUGCUGCGGCUAUAAAUAUCGCGUUAGACUUGGCCGUCAUCGCUCUCCCGCUCCCGUCAUUGUUCGGGCUAUCCUUGUCUAUGAGAAAGAGGCUUCAGAUCAUAGCUAUGUUUGCUGUCGGCUUCUUCAUCACGGUCGUCAGCGUCAUCCGUCUAUAUUCGCUUAUCCAUUUCGGUGAUACCCAAAAUCUCACUCAGGACUACGUCGAAACGGGAUACUGGUCCACGAUCGAAGUGCCCGUCGGCAUCAUCUGCGCGUGUAUGCCUGCGGUGCGCUCGCUCUUCAGCCGCGCGCUGCCCAAGAUCUUUGGCACGACGCGGAAUAUGGGUUCAAAUUUCAACACAUACGGCCCGUCGUCAGCCAGCCGACUAGGCCCCGACUCCCGCAACAAGAUCAGCGUCAAGCAGGAGUGGUCGGUUCUCAGCGAAGGUCCUAACGAUUACAAGCGCAGCGAGAGGGACUCUUCCCUCGAGCUUCUGACCGUAGGCGGGGUGGAAGGCAUGCAGAGGAAAGAAAUGGGAACGGGGUUCGAGGUCGGAACCGCGAUUUCGAGCCGUAACGAUCUUGUCCCGACGCGCAAGAUGACGCUCUCGAAGCACGACGGCACGUGGCGCGGUAUAGCGAUCCCGGAUCAGGAAGGGAGCUCGUAUAAGUCGGCUGCGUAUACGACGGAACGGGAGCUGCGGUAGAGAGGUUGGCUUUGUAGAUUCUGGCGGUUGGAGUUUGUACUAACUC